AUGACGAUGGAGAAGGAACGCAGGGCGUCAAAGCAGUACGGAUCUCUGGAAUCCACCGUGUGGAAACCCACUGAGCAAGCUACAGGCGAUGAUGUCAUUUCCAUGGCCGACUCUACGACCACCGUGGACGAUAUUGAAGAUGAGCUGUUCAAGAUUGAAAGGAUCCGAGAGAUCCUGGUGAGAAGAGAGUCGGAGCUGAGAUACAUGAUGGACGAUUUUCAUCUGUGUGAAGAAAUUACGAGGCUAAAGACGGAUCUGCAGAAACUUGUGGCCAUUCCAGAGAAGGAGAAGACUCAAGAGGACCGGCAGAAGGAGGAGGACCUGUUCCAGCGCAUCAACAAAUUGGUGGAGACGCGGGACUUCUUAGUAGACGAUGUGGAAUUUGAGAGGUUACGGGAGCGGGAGGAGGACAAGGACAUGGCAGACUUUCUGCAAAGCCGACUUUCCAAAAGUUACCUGAAGAAGGCAGUCCACAGAAAGGAAAAGGCGUCAACUGUCACCUCUCGAGCGCAACAAACAUCCAACCCCCACGUCACAAAGACGGGACUGACGCUGCUGAAAGAGUGCUGCGGCUUCACCUGCUCCAUCAUGUAA